CAGCAGGAGUACUGAGUAGCCAUGUUAGAGCCAGAUUUCUUCCUGGCUGGGCUUCAGGAUUUGAACGUUAAAGAGAAGAUGUGUGACAUCUGUCGGGAUGAUACCCCUGCCACGGCACGGUGUAGUGAAUGUGCCGAUUACCUCUGUCAAAAGUGCCAUGAAAUGCAUGGGAGAAUUAAAUCGACACGUAACCACCAGGUUUUGCUGAUUGCUGAUAUAACUCCAGAAAUGCUGCGUGAAAUUCAUCAAAAGUAUCCCGUGUUCUGCAAACAACAUGACUCCGAGGCUCUGUGUUAUUUCUGCCUGAGCUGUGAUGAAGCAAUAUGUCGAGAAUGCAAGCUGAAUGGCCACGAGAAACAUGAAACUGUGAAGCUUCAAGUUGCUGCUAAAACUGACCGAGAGAUUGUUAAAGCAAUGUACCAUAAGGGCAUAACUAAACUUAAAGAAAUGGAGACAUCAAAGACAGGCCUUGAUAGCUACAAGGGCAUCAUAGCCGAUAAACAGAGAGAACUUAGUGAUCAAAUCAAAACACGUUGUGAUGAGCUCCAUAUACUGAUAGAUGACAUGUCAAAUUCAAUAAUCGCAAAAUUAAAUGAUGUGUACGCCAGCGAGAGAAAUCAAACUGAUGGUGAGAAUACGAGAAUCAAUCAAAAUGCAUCAGCCAUGAGAAACAUCUGUGAAACCUCCCACAGUCUUUUAGAACGUGGAAAUGAUGCAGAGAUUGUCAUCUUGAAGAAAAAACUCGAAGAAAGGAUAAAGGUUCUUGAGAGUACUGAGUGUAUUGAGGCUGAUAUACAACAACAGUUGAAGUUCUGGAAAUUCCAACCAGGCAGCUCAGAUAAGAAGGAUAUUUCAGAACUAUUUGGUGAAUUUUGUGUCAGCCAUAUUGUUACUCGUGGUAUUCUUAUGUCAUCAUUCAACGUCCCAUUGGAAUCAAACAUUCAGGCAUUUUACGGUCCUCUUAAUGGUAUCGCAGUUGUUCAAGGAUUUAUUGUUAUCGCAGACACCUUCCUCAAUCGCUUGAGAGUCUUAACAAUAGAUGGUGAGCUUGAACCUGAUUCUCCCUUUUCCAAACAUGAGUUUGGAAGUCUGCAAGACAUUGCAGCUUUCCGAGAUGGGGGGCUCGUAGCGACUGACCGUCAAGCUAAGAUAAUAUUUGUAUUUGAUGCGAAUGGAGAGGUUUUGAGAAAGAUUGAGUCUACGAAUGGUGAUCCAUGUGGAGUGGCUGUUAACACCUGGUACCACAUAAUUGUUGCCCAUAAUUUCUAUAACUGCGUAGAGGUGUAUGACAGUAACACAGGAGCUGUCAUUAGGAAACUCUCAUACCUCAACAGCCCUCUGUAUGUGGCAGUCAGCCCUGAUAACACCAUUGCAGUCAGUGAAAGCACCAACCAUUGUGUCAAAGUCUUCAACCCAACUGGAAAACACACCUGCACAUAUGGCAUGGUUGGAGUUGGGAGGGGGCAAUUUCAGUAUCCCCUAGGGAUCGCGUUUGAUACUCAUGGCCAUAUACUAAUAGCAGAUCAUGCUAAUAACCGUCUACACCUGUUGGCUGCCCAUGGAAGGUUCAAGUGUUUUGUGGUAAACUUUGAGCAUGGGCUCCAACACCCACAUGCAAUCACAUUCAGUGAAGAAGGUCAUAUAAUUGUGACUGAGAGGCAAGGUGCAGUGAAAACAUUUAAAUAUAUGCAAUGAAUAACAACAGAAACAAUAGACAUCAUGCAAAAUACAUAGAGGUUAUUUAAUGGGAGGGAUGGAAUAUGAAUUUUAUUCCAAGGGAAAAUAUGAUAUUGGCCAAGGAAAAUAUCAUAUUGACAGAGG